GGGCCCGGCCGGAGUCGGGGCUGGGCGGACGGGCGGGUCGGUGAGCUCCUCGCGCCCCUCACAGGUUCCCAAAGUCUCCCGCGGCCGCUUGUCCUCCUCUGCCCGUCCCUGCCCCCGCCCGUCGCCCGGAAGUCCGCCUGGACGCCGGGCUCUUCUCCAGGAAACCUGGGCUUCCUGCUUCCCUCGCCUCUGCCCUUCUCGUUUCCCGAGGCCGCCCGCGCGUGGAGGGUUGGGGUUAGCAGCCGCGGGGGCCGGUGGGGGUCGUGGGGCCUUCCCCACCCGAGUACAGGCGAGCGAGCGGCAUCCGGGCGGACCCCCGCCUCGGAGACCGGGAAACUGAGGCUCAGGCGGCCCCGAGACGCCGUCAAGGUCACGUAGAUGGUGGGGGCUUGCACCUUCGCGUCCCGACUCUAUCCAGUUCGUGUUUGCUCUGAGGACGGUACUGGGUCAGGGGCGGUGAGAGCGGGCAGGCAGGUGGACAGGGACCCCGUGCCCUUUCCUGUCUGCUGAACGGAAUGCGUGGACCUCCGGGGGAGCCCAGCGUGCCUCCCUUCACACCAGUGAGACGCGAUUUGGGGUCAUCACUCAGGGCCCCGGUGGCCUCCAGAGGGCCGGUCGAUCUUCGUUUUAACUCCAGGGUGGUUUCCUUGACGUUGUCGGCAGUAGAUAAGAAGGCCUCUUCUGAGCUGGUGAAUCUUUAACCUGCCUGAAUCUUUAACCUGCCUGCAGAACGACCUGCUUGCAGACUCUAGGCCGCAGAGGCCGGCCCCAGCGCUCUCUCAGAGCACAGCCUGGGUGGUUACGGGGUGUGGGAUUGGGGCUGGACAGCCGUGCGCACCUAGAGUGUUAAAUAACCAUUCCGACGGCACCUCCUGGCACUCCCUUUCAGUCCAGGCAGCCAGUUGCUGCUUUGCAGGAAUUGAGCAGAAAUGCACUCGGAAUCGCGGGCAGGAAAAGAAGGGAGGUCGGAAGCUUUGGAUGGUCCCCGAAGUCGCCGCCUAGUUGAGAGCUGUAGAAUUGGUGCCACUGCCCCUGUUGGAGUGGGCAGUUGUAGUUCUUGUUUCAGAACUAGUGGUCAGCGGUUUUCUUUGCCGGCUGUUGCAAGGCUGGUGGUUCUGGCGUUUUCCGCAGUGUGUUGGGAGGAGUGUGAGAUGCCGUGGUGCAGUUGUGUGCUGCCCCUGUGGCCUUAUGCUGUUGCGUUAGUCAUUGUCUAACACGUAUGACCGCGUGAAUGGUGUCCUCACUUAAUUUGAAUUUUCACCAGCACUGCCAAUGUAGCCAGAACCAUAAGGUCCUGAAAUGCCGUACUAUUAGCUGGGUCCAAAAUUGAGAAGAAUUGAGUAGGGUAAAUGUUAGUCACACAUCUGAUUGGCCACAUUGUUAGAGUGUGUUGUCCACGUUUUCACAUGUUGGUAGACCGGAGAAUAGCUGUCACUUGUCUUCAGGUGUAUCUUGUUGAAAAUAAAUCCAAAUCACCGCAGCAGUAGGAAUAUGCUGUUGCCUCUGAGGCAGAUUUUCAGAUUUGCUAGUUGAAAAAGAUUUGAAACAGUUGGUUUGGACAACAGCUGAGUCACACAAUGACUGUGAGUAAAAAGCAAAAACUGGUUCUGUGCCCCUCACAGUUCUGGUUUUGUACAUCAUGUGGUCUAGCUAUGCGCUGUACCUCUUGCACAAUACGGAGAGGACAUUCAGACAUCUUCACCUGCUCAUCUGCCCCUACGGACCAGACAGGCUUGAAACUAUAGGAAGAUGCAUUUGGUCUUUCAUGUUUCACUUCAGUAAAAUUUAAUAUUGACUGUCAGCUGCUGUGGUGAUCAUGGAAGUAGACCUAAGAGAAAAAACCUGUUGUGCAAGUUCACACGCGGAGUAGUAUAUGACUGUGGUUUCAGAGAAUUGAAGCAGUUCUUUUUAGAUUCUUCAAAUUAAAUGUCUCCUUGGUACUUAAACCUGCACUUACUCACAGGCCAGGCUCACCAAGCUUUCCUACACACUUCUUCCUGAGCAGUGACGAUUCUCCUGAGCAAGAGGCUGCAGCCAGCCUGGGCUGGCGGGCCCCUACUGUCUCUCAUAGGCAUUCUCUCCGCUUGACCUUUCACCUCCAUAAACUCAAGAGGGUGAAAGGAAAUAGAGUGCACUGUCAGAGGUAAUUGGGAGAGAAACACGAAAAGGCCUCGCAGUGGGGAUCUUAAAUUAUGAGAACUUGUGUUUUUUGUGUUGUGCCUGCUCCUCACUGGCACGGAUGGUUGGUAGGGUUAUUCUGCCUGUAGCAUCUGAAGUGGUCUUUUGGCAAAGAUUUGGCCCCUUCAUGUUGGGAUUCCAGGACUUGCCUUCAUCCUCAGGUUCAUAUUCUCCUGUGGUUGUUACAAGCUCUCUAAGGCACAGUUGCACUUAUUGCCUUACAGCUGCGCAGCUGCCGCACCGUCCAGGAAGGUAGUUUCACAUUCUCAGGUGGGUCAAAUGACCUUGUUAGCAACUUGACAGACAUGUCCUGGAUGCUCUUUGUUCCCAGGAGGCUCUCAGGUCCUCCCCCAGGGUCCUGUCACUCAGCCACCUACAGGGAUGGGGAGACAGUGAGGCUGGCUGAUUAGCCAUAAUGUCCUUGACUAAUCCUGGUUUCCUGGUUCUCACACAGUGGUAACAACGGCUUGCAGCCGGUUGUCAGCCAACAGACUGGGAAGGGUGGUGCUUCUUACAGGCCCUGAUAACAGGAGAAGCCUAAAUGACAACAAGAGACAGGGAAAGCAUAAAAGGCAGGCAGAUUUUCACAGGCACAGCAAUUGAAAAUGAUUCUGUUUAGAAGGCAGACAUUCUCCCACACCCCUGAGGCCCAGGGCUCACUGCUAGUGUACAGCAUGAAGUGAACAGGAGAGUUGAUUCAGUUCAUGAACAUUUCAGGAAGUUAGAAGUCUGUAGUUGUGGAUUGCAAAAUACGUAUCCGGCCUGCCUCCCAUUUCCUGGCUAAAAUACUUGGAAUCUCCAAAUUGAUGAUGUCUUUUUGUACCCUAAUGAGUUGACCAGUGACGGGCAGCCCCUAUGAAACUUGAGGGUAGGGCUAGUCACAGGGCCAAGGCAGGAUUAGAGGGUUUCAGCCCCACCCUCCAGUUUCCCCAGAGUGGAGAGGGACUGAAGAUUGAGCUGGUCACCAAUAGCCAAUAAUUUAAUCAAUCACACCUAUAUCAUGAAGCCACACUUUUGCCUUCAGUAGUUAACAGCAUCUACAGCCCCAUGUUUCCACGUUUGUACAAAGGAAUGUUCAGACUGAACCACACUUAAGUACAAUUUUGAAACAGCAUGAGGCUGGGCGUGGUGGCUCACACCUGUAAUCCCAGCACUUUGGGAGGCUGAGGAGGGUGGAUCAUGAGGUCAGGAGAUUUGAGACCAUCCUGGCAAACAUGGUGAAACCCCGUCUCUACUAAAAAUACAAAAAAGUUAGCUGGGCGUGGUGGUGUGCGCCUGUAGUCCCAGCUACUCGGGAGGCUGAGGCAGGAGAAUGGCGUGAACCCGGGAGGCGGAGCUUGCAGUGAGUGGAGAUUGGGCUACUGCACUCCAGCCUGGGCAACAGAGCGAGACUCCGUCUCAAAAAAAAAAAAAAAAAAAAAAAAAAAAAAAAGAAAGAAACAGCAUGAAACUCCUUGUUGAUGGGAAAUACCCGAAAGACCUGCCUGGGCUUUCAGAGAGCUUCAGAAAGCUGAAUUCAUGGAGGUUCCUGGAGAGUGGCACGCCCAGGAGGGCAAAGUAGUGCCGUGUCUCUUCCCUCAUACCCCGCCUACUGCAUCUCUCCAUCUGUAUCCUUUGUAAUAUCCUUUAUGAAAAACCAGUAACCUUUAGUGUUUUUCUGAGUUCUGUGAGCCACUCUAGCAAAUUAAUUGAACCCAAGGGGAAGGAGUUAUGGGAACCCUGAUUUAUAGAUGGUUGUCCAGAAGCACAGGUAAAAUAACCUGGAGCUUGUGAUUGCCUCCAGGUAGACAGUGUCAGAAUUGAACUGAAUUAAACGACACCUACCUGGUGUCUGCUGCAGACCGCAGAACUGGUUGCUUGCUUGGCAUGUGGGGAGAAACCCCUGCUCAUGUGGUGUGAGAAGCGACCUGUGUUAUAAGAGUGUGUGAGAAACUAAGUUUGGGUUUUCCUAUGUCCUCAAAAUAGUAUAUUUUGAAAGCCUUCUAGGCAGAAUGUAUUAAAAUAGUUUUUACUCCCUGAAGGGAUGCCAGCAAGCUAGAAAGAUUCAUUUCUAAAGGGCUUCCAGUGGUAGCAUGGCUAGACAUGAGACAUCUUUCCAUUUGUGUCAUACAGCAAGUUAUUUUUGCAGUACCAUAUACACUAUACGGGAAACUUUUAAGUAUUUUAUAGGUUUGAUUUAGGUACAAAUGGCCAAGAAGACUAUUGUUAGCUAUCUAGACUCAUCCUGGGGAUUGGGAACGAAGGCAGUUAGAUGUGCCUGUGCUUCAUACCUUCUGUAGAUGGGAAUGCACUUGCUCACUCACCAAUCAAAUUUAUUGAUUUAUAUUUAAAAUACUAUGAAUACAUCUUCUGGCAAUUUUGGUGGUGACAUUUUCCUUAAAAUAUUUGUACUAGCCAGGCACUGUGGCUCACACCUGUGUAGUGCAAUCUACUUGGGAGGCUGAGGCAGGAGAAUGGAUCACUUGAGCCUAGGAGGUCAAGAUUGCAGUGAGCUGUGAUCAUACCACUGCACUCCAGCUUGAGUAACAGAGCAGGACCCUUAGCUCUUAAAAAAAAAAUUUAUACCUACUCACCAGCUAAGGACCUGGGGGCAGGUUUAGAAAACAGAUUUUGAACAUGCAUCCCUCCCUCCCUCUUGUGGUGUCUGACAUCACUGAGCUGCCACACUUUUGCCUUCAGUAGUUAACAGCAUCUACAACCCCAUUUUCCCACAUUUUUACAGUCAAAAGAAUGUUCAGACUGACCCACACGUGAGUACAGUUUUUAAACAGCAUGAAAUUCCUUGUUGACGCGAUAGGUUUUUCGUGACGAACUUAAUUUUUAGGGAAAGCACAUCUGCAGAUGUGUACAGUUGAUCUUCAUGAGCCCUAUGGGCCUGAUAAACAUUCUUUUGCCAUUGUUUUCUCCUCUCCUUGGUGGUGAGUCACUUGUGCAGUGCCCAGCGGAAGAGGGUGGGAGGCUGGAGAGGAAGGCCUGUUCUGGGCAAAGGAAGCCCUGCUUGAUGAGCAUGAGGCUCCACGGGGGCAGGGGCUGUGACGGUGAGUGCCACACAGAGCUGCCCACACUGGUGGAGGGAAGGCAGGGAGAUACCAGGACCAUCCGGAAGGGGCUGAGUGUCAUUUGACAGGUGCCAUGUGAGCAGAGAUGUGAAGGAGUGGCCCGGGACAAUCGGCAGAAUCCCUGAGGUGUCCCUGGCCAGUGUCCUUCCACCUGUCCACAAGCAUGGGGAACAUCUUCGCCAACCUCUUCAAGGGCCUUUUUGGCAAAAAAGAAAUGCGCAUUCUCAUGGUGGGCCUGGAUGCUGCAGGGAAGACCACGAUCCUGUACAAGCUUAAGCUGGGUGAGAUCGUGACCACCAUUCCCACCAUAGGCUUCAACGUGGAAACCGUGGAGUACAAAAACAUCAGCUUCACUGUGUGGGACGUGGGUGGCCAGGACAAGAUCCGGCCCCUGUGGCGCCACUACUUCCAGAACACACAAGGCCUGAUCUUCGUGGUGGACAGCAAUGACAGAGAGCGCGUGAACGAGGCCCGUGAGGAGCUCAUGAGGAUGUUGGCCGAGGACGAGCUCCGGGAUGCUGUCCUCCUGGUGUUCGCCAACAAGCAGGACCUCCCCAACGCCAUGAAUGCGGCCGAGAUCACAGACAAGCUGGGGCUGCACUCCCUACGCCACAGGAACUGGUACAUUCAGGCCACCUGCGCCACCAGCGGCGACGGGCUCUAUGAAGGACUGGACUGGCUGUCCAAUCAGCUCCGGAACCAGAAGUGAACGUGACCCCCCUCCCUCUCACUCCUCUUGCCCUCUGCUUUACUCUCAUGUGGCAAACGUGCGGCUCGUGGUGUGAGUGCCAGAAGCUGCCUCCGUGGUUUGGUCACCGUGUGCAUCGCACCGUGCUGUAAAUGUGGCAGACGCAGCCUGCGGCCAGGCUUUUUAUUUAAUGUAAAUAGUUUUUGUUUCCAAUGAGGCAGUUUCUGGUACUCCUAUGCAAUAUUACUCAGCUUUUUUUAUUGUAAAAAGAAAAAUCAACUCACUGUUCAGUGCUGAGAGGGGAUGUAGGCCCAUGGGCACCUGGCCUCCAGGAGUCGCUGUGUUGGGAGAGCCGGGCACACCCUUGGCUUUAGAGCUGUGUUGAAAUCCAUUUUGGUGGUUGGUUUUUAAUCCAAACUCAGUGCAUUUUUUAAAAUAGUUAAGAAUCCAAGUCGAGAACACUUGAACACACAGAAGGGAGACCCCGCCUAGCAUAGAUUUGCAGUUAUGGCCUGGAUGCCAGUCGCCAGCCCAGCUGUUCCCCUCAGGAACAUGAGGUGGUGGUGGCGCAGCAGACCGCGAUCAAUUCUGCAUGGUCACAGUAGAGAUCCCCGCAACUCGCUUGUCCUUGGGUCACCCUGCAUUCCAUAGCCACGUGCUUGUCCCUGUGCUCCCACGGUUCCCAGGGGCCAGGCUGGGAGCCCACAGCCACCCCACUCUCCCGCAGGCUGCCCCACCCACCUUCAGGCAGCCUAUGGGACGCAGGGCCCCAUCUGUCCCUCGGUCACCGUGUGGCCAGAGUGGGUCCGUCGUCCCCAACACUCGUGCUCGCUCAGACACUUUGGCAGGAUGUCUGGGGCCUCACCAGCAGGAGCGCGUGCAAGCCGGGCAGGCGGUCCACCUAGACACCACAGCCCCUCGGGAGCACCCCACCUCUGUGUGUGAUGUAGCUUUCUCUCCCUCAGCCUGCAAGGGUCCGAUUUGCCAUCGAAAAAGACAACCUCUACUUUUUUCUUUUGUAUUUUGAUAAACACUGAAGAAGCUGGAGCUGUUAAAUUUAUCUUGGGGAAACCUCAGAACUGGUCUAUUUGGUGUCGUGGAACCUCUUACUGCUUUCAAUACACGAUUAGUAAUCAACUGUUUUGUAUACUUGUUUUCAGUUUUCAUUUCGACAAACAAGCACUGUAAUUAUAGCUAUUAGAAUAAAAUCUCUUAACUAUUUCA